UUUUCUCUAUAUGUUUUUUGCGGAGCCCUAGAAAGCCGCCGCCUUUGUCUCUUCGUCACUUCCGAUCGAACUCCAAAUCAAUCCAGUGGGAAGUGUAGAGUUCAUUCGAAGAAGCCAACCCACAGUUCUCUCUGAUUGGCUUCUUCAACUUCAGGAUAAUGAAGAGGUGCCACAGCAGGUUUAGCAGUGCGGAAGCUGUGUCACACUGCGAUGAACUUGUAAAUGAGAUUUUGCUUCGAUUGCCUCUAGAUGCCGUCUGCAAGUUUAAGUGUGUAUCGAAGACAUGGAACAGUUUGAUCUCUCAUCCUCUUUUCUGCAGCAAUUACCUUUCUCAAAGAAAGAAUUCUCUUCUCCCAUUGUUGGGAUUCUUUCGGAUUACUUGUUCUCAUAGAUAUAAUGGUCGGUCAACAAUUAAAUACUCAUUCCUACAAAAUUGUAAGGAAAAGAAAUUUACAAAUUUGGAUUUGUUUGAAGACUGUAUGCUUAGCUAUAUUUCUCCUGAAGGCCUAAUACUAUGCUGUUCAAAUGGCAACAUGGUUUUGAAAUACUACGUCUGUAAUCCCGUCUCAAAUCAAUGGUUAACUCUUCCUCAACCAGGACAUUUUCCAUCCUCGGAGGCUUUAUCUUGUGAGGAAUGUAGCAGCAAAGAUGGUGAUGGUGUAGUGCAUUUCAAAGUAACUCUAGCUAUUAUGGAAAAUAGAGUGGGAGCCGCAUAUGACGGAUUACAUUUAGAAACUUUCUCUUCUCGGACAGGCGAAUGGAGCGAAUCAUUUAUCACUUCUCCAUCUGAAUUUUCAGAUGACGAUGGCGAGUCCUACCGAUGUCAUUCAGUAGGUGGGAUCUUGUACUGGAAAUUUAGUUGUGGUCAUUUGGCUGCUUAUGAUCCCAACAUGGGGGAAAAUCGUCUCUGGCUGAUAGAGUUGCCUCCUCCUUGUCUCAAAAAGAAAAAGGGAUCCUAUAUGGAAUAUGUCUUGGGACAGUCGUCGUCACGGGAUGGUUGUCUUCUUCGGUUUGCUGUAGCUGUAAAAGAAAAACUGAUGAUCAAAGUGUUGGAACUCAAGAAGAAGCUUUCUAGUUAUAGCUUAUCUCGCAUCAUACCAAGUAGUGAAUGGGUGUUGAAGGAAGAAGCGAGUCUCGAGAAGUUGGGCAUCGGCAAUUUUCUUCAUGGCAUUCGCUUGAUAAAUUUUCAUCCUCGCGAUGCAAAACUUGUGUAUCUUAGGCAGGGAAGAAUGAUGUUUUGCUAUGAUUUUGAGACUAGAAGAUUGGAACGAAUUCAGUAUCUUGGAACUGCCUCGUCAAACGACGGACUAGUUCCUUACUUCCAACCACCUUGGCGCCUUUCUUUGCCUUGUUUAACUUGGACUUAACAUUCUAUGUAUACAUUCUUUGUAACCUUUUACAACUUUUUUUGUUCAGAUUUCAAUUUAUAAGCUAGCUUUUUGAAGUGCAUUGGUCUUAACAUAAUGUAAUACAUUCUUUGUGACCUUGUACAACUUUAUAUAUUCAGGUUUCACUUCA